CCUGACGCUAGCUGUCAUGUCAAUCAAGUCAACGAACUGAUGAACUUGGCGGUUUUAGGAUUAAUUCGAUUAGAACAAAAAAAUGCCUCCUAAAAAGCGCGAUAAAGACAGUGAAACAAAUAAAAACUCUAAAAUAGAUCAUUUACAAGCUGAUCAUGAACUGUUUUUACAAGCCUUUGAAAAGCCCACACAAAUAUACAGAUUCUUGCGAACCCGUAAUAUGUUAUCGCCAAUAUUUCUCAAUAGAACAUUGUCAUAUAUGAAACGAAGGAUGUCGAGAAGUAAUAAAAGUAGAAUAGGCUUCAAGGUAGAUUCAUUAUUAGAAAAAAUUACAUUGAAAAAGAGUACAGAGAUUCAGCCAAACAGUUUAGGCGGCUACAUGACGCUCACAUUUCUAGGAUUUUAUGAUAAAAGUUUAGAUGAUCCCAGAGAUUAUCAAGUAAAAGUCGAAACACUACUAUUAAAAAUUUGCCACAAGAAAAGAAAAGAAAGUUCAUCAGCCAUUAUUGAAGUGUCUGUUGGCAGUUGUUCAGUUCCUUUAAACCCGUCAACAUCAGAACCUCCCGCUAUGGCGUCCGCAGUUAGUAUAUCCAGUGAUACAUUCAGUCCAUCACAGGGACCUAAUGUCAAGUCAUACAUGCUGAUGCUGAGGGUCACAGUGACAAGAGCUGCUAGUAAUAGUACCACAAACAUUGCAACAAGUUCCACGGAAAUUACCAAUGGUGAUAGUGAAGAGCCUUUAACGAAACGCAUAAAAUCAUCAUCGGAUCACUUAAACUCGACAACGGAAAACAAAUGGAGCAAACUUUAUGGCAGUGAGUUGAUUGUCUAUGACAAACAUAACCGCUGUUUACUUACGAAUGGCGAGUAUGACUUGGUCCUUCAUGAUGCUACUCCUGGCAGUAGAAGUGCUACCAUUGCUCGGUCACCUCACAAAGCUCUGAUGGCACAGUGGGAGACAAUACCUAAUGAAAAUGAUGUGCAAUCAGAAACUAAUCCAUUUGAUAUAUUCAAAGUGAGACCCCUAUUGAAACUCAAGUUGAGCUGGAGUCAGGAACCUACCAAUGGUCUGGUGAAUAGACCGAAACUGUACCAGCAAUCUACUGAAACUAACGGGGUUAAGAAAGAUAGUGUUAGCAAAGAUCGAUUACCCACACAGAAGUGCCACUCAAAUGACAUAAAAAAUGGAGAUAAGUCUAAAGUGGAUACCAGUGAAGGUGACGGCAAACGUCAGCAGAUCAUAUACCAGUUCCUGUACAACAACAACUCGCGCCAGCAGACGGAGGCGUGCGACGACUUGCACUGCCCCUGGUGCUCGCUCGACUGCGGGGCUCUCUACUCGCUGCUCAAACAUCUUAAACUAUGCCAUUCUAGAUUCAAUUUCACCUAUUUUCCGAUCCCCGGAGGUGCUCGUAUCGAUGUUUCAAUCAACGAGCUAUACGACGGCUCGUACACCGGGUCUCCGCACGACCUGAUAGCGGCUCAGGGUCGAGGCUGUGGGGGAGGGCCGAGGGCGGGGCCCACACGCCGCGCCUCCCUCACACACGUCCUCGUCUGCCGUCCCCGACCUCGUCCUCCUCGCGCCAAGAGACACAGCCUCGCCGAGUUCCUGGAGCUGGACGACGCGGAUGCAGAGUCCCAGCGUCCAUAUCUAACAGGACAUAACCGAUUAUAUCAUCACACGAUAACCUGUCUACCUGUGUAUCCUAAUGAAUUGGAUAUCGACUCUGAAAGUGAAACGGACCCGUUGUGGUUGCAACAGAAGACUAUGAUGAUGAUAGAUGAGUUCACAGAUGUCAAUGAAGGAGAGAAAGAACUCAUGAAAAUGUGGAACCUUCACGUUAUGAAGUACAAUUACGUAGGCGAUUGCCAGAUACCGCUCGCUUGCCAAAUGUUCCUACAAAUGAAAGGCAAGGAGCUGCUAGAGAAGAAUCUAUACAGAAACUUUAUACUCCACAUGUGUUCCUUACACGAUUUCGGACUCCUAAGUCCGGUCGCUUUAUACCAAACUAUACAAAGGCUGAACCAAAUGCUGGCAGAUAAUGCCGAGGCCAAAGAAAAGAUGCGAGAAUCACUUAAAGCUCAGCGGGAACAUUGGAAUUUGAUCGGAAAAUAUCAACAGCCGGUAAUAAUAGAACAGAAACCUCAAACUACAACGGCUAAACUGAACAAUGUUGAAGCUUCACCGUCUGUGAGAAGAAAAACAUCAAAUUUACAGAACGCAAACCGAAUGGGCAGUGCAAGUUCUAACUUUACAAGUUCUACUCCAGGUCCAAGCGGAGAGACUAAAAGAAAGAUGUCCUCCGGCAGUAUUCAGAGUCGCAAACGAUCUUCUAUAUCGGAAAGAAAAAGUUCUGUAUAGCAAAUGUUUAGACAAUUAAGAAACAAUUACAGUAUAAUGUAUGUAAUUGGAACUUAUCACCAACUCGUGGGUUUUAUAUACUCGUUUAUAGUGAUGUGUUUCCGGUAUUUUAUAACUUGGAUUUACAAGUACCCGCUUAUAUAUGUCUAUAGAACAGUGUUAACGAAUUAUUCAAUUUUCUUAAAAGAUAGAUAGCAAAUAGCUAUUUCUAUUCUGAAAUAAGAUAAAAGAGCUUCUACUAGGCUUCUAUUUAAUUAAUAAAACCCAAUAGUUUAGAUUCGAUGCACAUUUUCAUAGAAUCUCGUGUGUUUUUAUUUGAGGGUGCAAUUUACAUGAAUUUGUAGAAGAAAUUAUUGAAUGCAAAAAAAAAAUUGUUGUUGUAUUUCUUUCUAAAUGUUGUUGUAUGUGUUUAAAUUAAAUUAAUUAUUACAACAGUUUAGGUAGUAAUUACGAAUUUGGAAAAUUAUGUAUUAGUUUUCAUACAUUUAAAAUAUGCUCAGAGGUAGACAACCUCUGGCUACCCCAUCAGUGAUAUAUAGUCGUGAGAGGUUUUUUCUUUGUUAAAAUUCAAAAUUAUUGUUAG